AAUAAAUGCUCCAACCGAAAAGUCUGAACAGGAAAAGAAGAAAAGAAAAAGAAGAAAAAGAUAUACCCAAUACUUUCUCUGUCGGCCCCUCUCCCUCCCAAACCUAGGGUUUUAACCCGCACCGUCAAAAUCCGAUCCCUACCGGAGCUCCGUUGCUGGAUCGAUCUUGACACCGGCAAUGUCGCCAGCGUCCGAUAACUCCCUGUCGGAUUCUCAAACACAACGUUUAAAUGAUCUUUCGAUUGUUUCUCCUGAAGAAGCAACUGUAGAACCUGAUGAAGUACUAUCAGUUAUUGAAUCUUUGAAGAGAAGAAUUGCUUCUGAACGUGCUGAUUAUAUUAAGAAAAGGGUAGAAGGAAAUACACAAAAGUUGGAGAACUUGACAAAGGAUCUUUAUAAUUUGGCAACAGAGAGAAAAUGUCUUGAAAUUUUUGAUGCUGACGGAAGAAUUGAUCUACUAUCGAAAAGACAAAAGGAUGCACUUGAUAUGCAAAAUGGCAUUGAUACCAGUAAUGCAGAUGAUGAUAGUAAUAGCUCUGAAGAUGAUGGAUACGCCACUUCUGCAAUUCUUUUAGGAUCAAGUAUUGCAGUCAAGAAUGCCGUACGGCCCAUUAAACUUCCAGAAGUAAAACGCAUCCCUCCAUAUACUUCAUGGAUAUUUUUGGAUAGAAAUCAGAGAAUGACAGAGGAUCAAUCUGUGGUUGGUCGUAGAAGAAUUUAUUAUGACCAGAAUGGUGGGGAAACUUUAAUUUGUAGUGAUAGUGAUGAGGAAGUACUUGAAGAAGAAGAAGAAAAGAAGGUGUUUGCAGAGUCCGAAGAUUAUAUGCUGCGAAUGACUAUCAAAGAAGUUGGCUUGUCCGAUAUUGUGUUGGAUUUGCUAGGACAGUGCUUGUCUAGAAAACCUAGUGAAGUGAAGGCAAGAUAUGAAGGUCUUGUUAAGGAAGAUGAUGCAGGCACUUCAAAGAAAGAGUUCACGGAAAGUUCUUUAGAUUUAUAUCUUGCCAAAGAUCUUGAUGCUGCUCUGGAUUCUUUUGAUAAUCUAUUUUGUCGUCGAUGUCUUGUCUUUGAUUGUAGAUUACAUGGAUGUUCACAGGAUCUUAUAUUUCCUGCGGAAAAACAAUUACCAUGGUACUGCUCCAAUGCAGAUAUGGAGCCCUGUGGACCAAAUUGCUUCAGCCUGGCCAAAAAGUUCGAAAGUAAUGCUACAGUGAUCUCUCCUCAGUGUGCUAGUCAUGGAGAAAAAUCCAUUCUGCCAUCUGAUGUUGCUAAUAAUACUCAGAUGCCAGGUAGGAAGCAUGUAUCAAGAAGAUCGAAGUGUUCAAAAGGUGAAGGUGCUCCAAAUGCAAAAAACAUCUCUGAGAGCAGUGAUUCAGAUAUUAGACCCGUAAAUGAUAUCACUUCUAAUGAGCGCUCUUCAUCUCCAUCAAAAAGCAAAUCUGACAAUAAAGAUGGCAUCAACAAAAGGAACAGCAAGCGAAUAGCUGAACAUGUUCUAGUUGCCAUUAAGAAAAGACAGAAGAAAAUGGCAGUUUUAGAAUCUGACUCUGUUGCAAGUGAAAGUCUAGGUUUCAAAGAUUUGAAUCUUCACUCUAUUUCACGGAAGGAAAACGAAGAUGCGAGUCCAUCUUCACAAAAAGCACAAUGUCAUAGUGCUAAAAGGUCUAGGAGGAAAAACUCUCCGGUUUUGGACAGUAAAAAUUCUUUGCAAGGCAAGGCUUUUGGUUGCAAAUUGAUGGAAGUUUCCAGUGCAAAACCUGUGACAAAUUGUGAUGACACAUUGGGGAAAAAUGAAUAUGUGGGUGAGAAUAACUGCAAACAAGAAAUAGAUGGUACUAAAUCUUGGAGACCCAUUGAAAAGGCUCUCUUUGAAAAGGGUCUAGAAAUGUUCGGUAGAAGCAGCUGUUUGAUCGCUCGAAACCUCAUGAAUGGUUUGAAGACAUGCUGGGAGGUUUUCCAGUACAUGAACAAUUCCGGAAAUAAGCUAUUCUCAGGCACAGGUGAUGGGAUGGAUGGCAUUCUUGAUGGUGGUUCCAAUGGUGAUGGUCAGGAAAUCAUGGGUAAUGAACCUCGAAGAAGAUCCAGAUUUUUGCGUAGAAGAGGCAAAGUUCGCCGAUUAAAAUACACGUGGAAAUCCACUGGAUACCAUGCAAUUAGGAAACGGAUUUCUGAGAGGAAGGACCAACCCUGUCGGCAGUUUAAUCCAUGUGGCUGUCAAGGCCCUUGUGGAAAGGAGUGUUCCUGCAUUGUAAAUGGGACCUGCUGUGAAAAAUACUGUGGAUGCCCAAAGGGUUGCAAGAACAGGUUUCGUGGUUGUCAUUGUGCCAAAAGUCAGUGUAGGAGCCGUCAAUGCCCUUGCUUUGCUGCUGGCAGGGAAUGUGAUCCUGAUGUUUGUCGAAAUUGUUGGAUCAGUUGUGGUGAUGGUACGCUUGGGGUUCCUCUGCAAAGAGGUGAUAGUCAUGAAUGCAGGAAUAUGAAACUACUUCUCAAACAGCAACAAAAGGUACUUCUUGGAAGAUCUGAUGUUUCUGGCUGGGGGGCUUUCUUGAAGAAUACUGUUGGAAAACAUGAAUACCUUGGGGAGUACACAGGUGAAUUAAUUUCACACCGUGAAGCUGACAAGCGUGGCAAGAUUUAUGAUCGUGAAAAUUCUUCAUUUCUCUUCAAUCUUAAUGAUCAGUUUGUGCUUGAUGCACACCGGAAGGGUGACAAACUAAAAUUUGCGAACCAUUCUCCUGUUCCAAAUUGCUAUGCUAAGGUCAUGAUGGUGGCUGGAGAUCACAGAGUUGGUAUCUUUGCCAAUGAAAGAAUUUGCGCUGGAGAAGAACUCUUUUACGAUUAUCGUUAUGAGCCAGACAGUGCACCUGCCUGGGCAAGGAAGCCCGAGGCAUCUGGUACUAGGAAAGAGGAUGCUGCUCCUUCAAGUGGUCGUGCUAGGAAGCAUACAUAAUUGAGUGCCCAUUUAACUGAUUUUUUGAUCCGUUAGUUCUCAUUCUUUUGCGCAACUCAUCAUUGAUGACCACCAGAUAGAGCUUCUAAUCAUUCCAUUCCUGGAGAGGCCAUUGCAAUCUCCAUGUUAACUGAUUAUAGACUUUCUUUGUUUUGGACUAUGCCAUUAUCAUCUUCGAGUAUAUUCAAGCGGGAAAAUGAUUAUAGGCUGAGUAGCUUCAUCAAACAUUGUUUUUCAUGUAACAGAGAAUGCACAUUGAUCAAUUAUUUUCCCAA